CAGGAGAUGAUGUGAGUGUGUCGACAAUGCUAGUGUCAGAUUUCAAACCUCCUCAACAUCUUUGGGCCUGUUCAGUGCAUGUCUAUUGGCCCUAAUGAAUUCAGUGUGUGGAACCAAACCGCCCUGAAAUCCUGCUCUGUGAGUGGCAGACAGACAGCGAGGGAUAGUAACCCUGCAGAACUGCCCUCCAGCAGCCAGGGAUGAGUGGAGUGACACGAGUCUCUUUUAGACAGCGGGAGGCGGACGCAGUUAAGUUCCCCACACUACAGGAUACUGUCACUGCCCUGUGAACAAUGGCUGAGUCUGGAGGAUAUAGGAACAUCCAGAAAGAACAAGCACACCAAGCUGGCCAAAUGAUGUUCUUUUCAAACUCACUGCUGGCAGAUGAAGAGUCUGAUUGGUCUCCUAUUCACGAUGCUGCAUAUAAUGGAAGGCUUCUUUCUUUGAGCCGUAUUAUUAAACAGGGAACCAGUGUUAACUUGGUGACUCUUGAGCAGGUUUCUCCCCUGCAUGUAGCCUGUCUUCAGGGACAUACUGCAUGCGCUAAGACACUACUAGAGCAUGGAGCUAAUGUGAGCAUUCCAUCCGUGGCUGGGAACACCCCUCUCUCAGCAGCCUGUGGCAGUGGGAGCACCGCCUGUGUGGAUCUGCUCCUCCAGCACGGGGCUCCUGCUCAGGGGGCGAGCGCCUCAGCCUCCCCCAUCCACCAGGCAGCCGCCAAAGGUCACACAGAGUGUAUUGAGAGUUUGCUGCAGUAUGGAGUGGAUAUUGACCUGAGCACAGAUCAGUCUGGUUCUCCCCUCUACACGGCCUGUGCCAAUCAGAACCUCAGCACAGUGAGGAGACUGCUGCAACUAGGCGCCAGUGUCAACCACAGUAAGGACGGAGACUCUCCACUGCACAUUGCUGCCCAGCUGUCUAAUCCUGAGCUUGUCAAGACACUGCUGGACCAUGGAGCUGACCACAGGGCCAAGAACAAAGCCGGCAGCCAGCCUGUGGACAUGGCACCCCCUAACAGUGCUGUGGUGAAACUACUCAGACUGACCACUCAUACUGAUGGCAUUUAAAGGUUUCUUCUCUGAGUCUGUAUGAUCAGACACUACAUACUCUUUUACAUGUGCCACAUUCACGCCCACUCACUUUUCACAAAUAUUUGCACAAGACGCAGUUGUGAGCACAUGAAAGGACACGGAAAGGGAGUCAUUUUAAAGACAUUAUUUAGAACUUUAAAGAGAUGAAAGACAUAGUGAUUUUGUUGUAAGAUGACAUCACAUUACCACUAGGGGGCAUGGUAAUACCAGGAUCAUGGUUGAACACUAAGAGACCACGAGUUUCCAUUGUCUAAUUGUUCCUUCAUGAAUUUGAUCAUUCUUUCAUUCUCAGACUCAUUGAAGCCAUGAUGCAUUUAUUGGUUGUGUUCUGUGUUCUGUUAGUCUAACUGUUGAACACGACUAGGGCUAUGGUUAGAGCCUCAGAAGUCUGUAUUGUUGCAAUAUUGCACUUUUGUGAUAUGUUACCAAAUAAAGCAAACAAACAGUAACCAAAA